AGAGAAAAAAAGAAAAAGAAAAAAAAAAGGCACACUAUCUAAUCUGUUUCAUCAUAGCAUAGCACAUAACAGAAUAUCGCAGUAGUAGUGAUGGCUGUUUCAUCACUAUCUCUUCCAUUUCACUUCCGUUCUUCUCCCAAAUCACACACUCGCCGCAAAUUCGUUUUCUUUGCGGCGGCGAGCAGCGAUGUUCCCCUCUUACAAGUCAACGAUCUUCGAGCCAAAAUCGUUGAAUCCAAUGCCGAAAUUCUCCGCGGCGUUAAUCUCACUAUCAACAGAGGCGAAAUUCACGCUAUCAUGGGUAAAAACGGUUCUGGUAAAAGCACUUUCGCUAAGGUUCUUGUGGGUCAUCCUGAUUAUGAAGUUACCAGUGGUAGCGUUGUUUUCAAAGGGGAAAAUUUGCUUGAAAUGGAACCUGAAGAAAGAGCCCUUGAAGGUCUUUUCAUGAGUUUUCAAUCACCUGUAGCAAUUCCUGGCGUUUCCAAUGAUCAAUUUCUUGUUAUGGCUUAUAAUGCUCGGAGAAAGAAACUUGGUCUUCCUGAACUUGGACCCCUUGAGUGUUUUUCUUAUUUAAUGGAGAAGCUACAACUUGUUAACAUGAAGCCUGACUUUCUCAAUAGAAAUGUCAACGAAGGGUUUAGUGGAGGUGAACGAAAACGCAAUGAGAUCUUGCAGCUUGCAGUUUUGGGGGCAGAUUUGGCUAUUUUGGAUGAAAUUGAUUCGGGAUUGGAUGUUGAUGCGCUCAGGGAUGUGGCAAGUGCGGUUAAUAAAAUUCUUACCCCAGAGAAUUCUCUGUUGAUGAUUACUCACUAUCGGCGAAUUCUUGAUCUUUUGAAACCCUCCCAUGUCCAUGUUAUGGACAAUGGAAAAAUUGCAAGGACAGGCGACCUAUCUAUGGUAGAUGCAAUUGAGGCAGAUGGAUAUGAACCGGUCUCUGUUUUAACUUAAUACAGCUAGUAUCAGCACCUUUUCUGACUUUGUUGUGAAAUGGUGUGGCUGAUUUCGGUUCAAUUUCAUGCUGUCAAGUUGCACAAGUUGGUGUGAAUGAGUAUCCCCUUCAAGAUCAUAAUUGGGAAUAGGCAGUACAUAAUUAGAUGAGAUGAAGGUCAAAAAUUUCUUCAGAGGUACUUUUGCAUUGGGGGUGGAGGAAUUAUAGUUAUAUUUUUCAUUUCGAUUUGAAACCUUUAAUCAUUCUGGUUUUUUGAUAUUAGAGUUUUUGCUCAAAACCCAGAUGACAGUACUGUGCUGGGUUGAUGUUCAGUAGUUGUAUCUUAUGGAAUAUAUUCUUGUGCAAGGAUGAGUUUAGGAAAUUUAUCAUUGCCUCAUUACUGGAAGCGUACUUGAAUAGUAUAAUUGUGUAAACUGAGUACUAGUGUAGUUCAAUUAUUUAAUUAACUACAGCUUAGCUUGCCA